AUGCCAGACAAUAGCUCUAAUGUACAGCAAGUUACUGGCAUACGAGAAACAAUAUCGGAUGUGGAAGAAGAACUAAUCAUCGGGAGGACUGAAGAAACACAGGAAAUAGUGGCUACACUAUGUGAGAGUAUCACACCAGAGAAUAAGACCACCAUCCUUCCAAUAUAUGGCAUUGGAGGUAUUGGCAAGACAACCCUUGCUCAGUUGGUUUUCAAUGAUUCUCGAUUCACAGGCUACUCCCGGGUGUGGAUCCAUGUGUCCCAAAAUCUUGAUUUGAACAAAAUUGGCAACUCUAUUAUAUCACAACUAUCAGACGAGAGCCAUGUAACUAGUAAGCAAAUAAUAAGUAAGAAGGUCAAAGAGCUAUUUGCUGGUAAGAAGAUUCUUAUUGUAUUGGAUGACAUGUGGGAGACGAAUCCACGUACGCUAAAAGAAUUGAAGGCUAUGCUAAGGCCUGUUGUGAGCAGCAUGGUGGCAGUUAUCGUAACCACAAGAGAUGAAGCCAUUGCAAGGGAAAUUUGUCGUGCAGCUGAGCCAUACAAGCUAGACACUUUAACAGAUAAACUUUGCUGGAAAAUAAUAAAACAGCAAACUGCCUUUAAAGAUCGAUCCGACAAGCAACAACUGAAGCGUGUAGGAAAGGAGAUUGCAGCCAAGUGUGGAGGUGUGGCAUUAGCGGCUCAAUCACUUGGCUACACUCUGAAGGGGAAGACGUCUGAUGAAUGGGAGUCAGUGAGAGACAAUUAUAUCUGGAAUCUAUCUACUUCGGCGGACCCAUCAUCAAUAGAUCAUGAAGUGCUUGCAUCCUUGCUGCUAAGCUAUAGCCGUAUGCCUGAUUGGUUGAAGUUGUGCUUUUCCUAUUGUGCAGUCUUCCCAAAAGGUCACAAUAUAGCAAAGCAUUAUCUAAUUCACCAAUGGAUAGCUCUUGGAUUCAUUGAGCCAUCUAAAAUGUUUGAUACUAUGCAGCUCUGCGAGAAGUAUGUAACACAACUUUUGGGGAUGUCCUUCCUUGAAUAUUCAAAGACAUUUCUAGUGCUCAUACUAACACAACACACAGUUGCGAAAAAAUACUACUAUAAAACGAAAUAA